UGUUUUACAGAGAAACAGAAGGAUCGCUGAAAAGAUCUCACAUACAAAAAGAGAGAAGCUUUGAGAAAGACUGAUGAAUGGUGGAGAGGAGAGAGAGAGGACGACAUCUGAGCAUGAGAAGAGAGAUAAAGUCCAGAGCGUGUCACAGAGGGAAAGUUGCUUUAUGCUGCUUGAGCUGCAAAGAUUCGGCUUAUACGUGGAUGUUUAAGAAACAAGGGCACAGAAUGGAAAAAUACAGUAAACAAAAAAAUUAACAAAAGUCUUGCAAAUCCAAAUAAAUAAGAGACAUACAGCUCAGAUCUGAGGAUAAAGGCAAAGGAUAUUCUUGAAAGAAGAACCAAGGUGACAAAUACAACCUUGAAAACAACUGGUGAAAGAUGUGGCCAAUUGUGGGCAUAGUCUGUCUCUCUCAGUGCAUCAUUGGUCAACUGCUGGAGGCUCGUUCCAAAGGAUCUCCAAAUCUUCAAUUUAUCUGUAGCAUUCCAGGAUUACCAGGACCAGCGGGAAAACCAGGGCCCCCAGGACCCAGUGGAGAAGAUGGCCAUGUUGGAAUCCCAGGAAGAGAUGGGAGGGAUGGACGGAAAGGGGAAAAGGGAGUUAAAGGAGAUCCAGGAAUCAAAGGUAGAGUUGGGCCAACUGGAAAGCUUGGGGAGCGUGGAGAGAGAGGUAUUACUGGGAAACGUGGUCCUGAGGGUGAUCCUGGAGAUUUGGGGCCUCUUGGUCCACUAGGACAUCCUGGAGAGAAAGGUGACAAGGGUCAACGUGGCCCUCCAGGAACACCGGGUGUCUGCAAAUGUGGAAGUUUGGUUCCCAAAUCCGCAUUCUCUGUAGGCAUCACCAAUAGCUAUCCCACUGAAAAAACACCCAUCAAGUUCAACAAAGUUCUCUUUAAUGAAGGUGGACACUACAACCCAGAAACGGGAAAAUUUAUCUGCGCUUACCCAGGAAUCUACUACUUUUCUUAUGACAUUACUCUUGCCAACAAGCACCUGGCCAUCGGGCUGGUCCAAAAUGGAGAGUACAGAAUCAAGACUUUUGAUGCCAACACGGGCAACCAUGAUGUGGCGUCUGGCUCUACAGUGAUGUUUUUGAACCCAGAAGAUGAGAUUUGGCUGGAAAUUUUCUACAGGGACCAGAAUGGCCUGUUUGCCGACCCCAGUUGGACGGACAGCCUCUUCUCUGGGUUUUUGAUUUAUCCUGAUACAAACUAUAUGGAUACAUUGGCGGAAGACUACAAAUAAAAGGAAUUAAGUCAUCAGUUAAAAAGACCCUGUAUGUUUUAUUAUCUUCAACAACGCCAAAGACCAAUUUGACGUCUUAAAUCAGGUGCAUACUGCAUGUUUUCUGCCAUGUUUUUGCCUCAUCUGAGACAAACUUCAGGGAUUGUAAAAUAUUUAUUUUUGCAUAGCAAAAUUUGCUAACUCACCGAUGAAAUGUUUAGUUGCAUUUCUACAAUGUGACAGCUUCAAUGAAAAAUGUCUGUUGAAGAAGCAAGAGGAGCAUAGCAAUUAAUGACAGUGUCUUUCUACAAGAGAGACAUUCAAGGUUGUCUACUGUAUAAAAUGUGCAACGUAAACCGCACAUUCGUUACAAUUUGCCAUAAAAGGCUUUAUGCAAAUUUGUGGUUUUUAAUUUAUAACCUAUCCAUAUGAGUGUAAUGUAGAGUGGCGGCAAGAUCCAAAUACAUGUAUAUAUGUAAAUAAAUAAUAAAGAAAUAAAUCCUAGCAGGCAUUGAAUAGAAACAGAUUGAAGCAUGGGACAAAGAAAACACUGGAGUUGAAAGAGACAGGUCACAAGACACAUGUUACCACAGCUAUGGUGACGGGGCAACAUGGACAAAACUAUCCAUGUGUCUCAAUCAGCUCCCUAGGUCAGGUAUACUGUAUAUUGUGACUUAUUUGCCAACAAUGUGACUAUAUGUAAAAUAUCGCCCUGGUAACCAUAGUUUAGCCAUGGUUUUUGUGGUAAAACCAUGGUUUUACAAGUGGUAUCGAAUAUGCCCCUCCACAAAUGGUUACUACUAUAGUUGCAAAGUCUGCAGUUUCCUAAAGAAUUAAGCUACUUUUGUUGUGGGUUGAGUUUUGUCUGCGUGUUUAGGGUGGAAUGAUUUUGUUCAUCUGCUGUCUUUCCUGGCUUAAUGAUUUUAUUUUUGAAAUCAGACUGUGUUUAUAAUUACUUCCAUACAGUGAUUUUUAUGAAUAAACUGUCUGUAAUAUAUAGAAGUGAAUGUAAAAUAUGUAUUUUAGGUAUGGAAGUAGCAUAUUCUGAGUCUGGGAGUUUGGCCUAAGUUUAUUUUUGGGCUAGUUUUGAUGGGGCGCUGUUGCUAUUUUCCCGGCGGCAGAAAUAACUCUUGCGCCAUGCACAAAUCAGUAAGGGGUUGGUCUGAAGUAGGUUCAUUAUUCAUAGGUGUGGUUUGGGCAUAACGUCAAAUAAACCAAUCAGAACGUCAUCCAACAUUCCCUUUAUACGCAAGUGCGCAAGUUCCAUGGCGGGUUGCUAUUAUUAUGACGGAUUUACCAGGCGCACGACAGGAGCGGUUCACAGCCGAGGAGACCCACGUUCUUGUAAGAGCAGUCAAAGACAGAGAAGUUGUUUUGUAUGGGGAUGGGAGAAACCCGCCCAAAUCAGCGUCGGUUAAACAGGCGUGGGAGGAAAUAGCCAGAAUUGUCUCAUCAGCUGGCAUCCCCAGGACGUUGCACCACAAGUGCUACAAUGAUGUCAGGAGACGGGGGAAUCCCAAGCUUGCCAGCACAAAUCGGGCACGCCGUGUAAAGGGAGAUGGAUCUGCCCCUACAGAGGACCUGACGCCAGCAGAAGACAUCCUGCGUCCACCCUCACCGCUGUAAGCCAAGAAACGCAAGCAGUCCAACCCCAAAGUACUCUUACAAAUCAAGUUCAUAUACAUUAAGGUUUCUUAUGAAAACAUUUUAAUUAUUUUUUACAUAAAAUAAACGUAAUACAGCCACACAACAAACUUAUGAAAAUAUUUUAAUCGUUAUUUGCAUGAGAAGUUUUUAACGCAGCCACACAAUAAAUAAAAACUAUCACCACAAUGCUCACCACAAUGAUUUCCCUUAUCUCAUGUGUUAAUAUUUUUAUUGUAACAAUUUAUGAUUUGCAAAAAUAACUGUUGCAUCUGUGUAGAUUAGAUAAGCAAAGUGUGUAAGCGUUGUGCACGCUAUACAUUAUGGUCAAGCAUGCACCCUUAAAAUAGCAUAAUGAACAACGCGCAACUCGCCACUGACUUUAGACUAGUUUUUUUGGUCAGAAAAUGAAAUAUAAUUUUUUUUAAAUUUAGUUAUAGACAGAUAAACAGACAGAAACAUGUCAGUUGACCUUGUUGUAAAGUGCUUCCACUUAUUUGAAUUAGUAUUAUGUGAAAAGAAAAAUUGUACAGCCAUAUGAGACAUAAAACAUUGUUGGAUGUUGAUUUCUGUCAUUGACCAAUCACAAUCAAGUAUUCCAGAGGAUAGUGGAAUAACAAUAUUUACAUAUUAGAUGCAAAAGAAACCAAUCAUGUUAAUUAAACACAUUUUGGAUUAUUUUGACCAUAUCAUAAUUUUAUCCAUAAUUUAAACUCUACCAAUGCUUAUUGGAUUUAAUGCAUAUCGGGUGAUGUGUAUUUUGCGUAACGAGGGAGGGUGGGGCCUAACGAGAUCAACACCCUACAUCAAGGUGUGCAUAAUUAUUAGGCAGAUUCUUGUCCCCUGGAAAAAUGACUUUGAAAAGUCAAACAUUUUAUAAAGUCUUUCAGAGAGAUGCAGCACUCUUGAAAUAUCUAAUUUUUGAUUUUGGGGCGUGAUCACAGAACCAUCACAUGUUUGUUGCAAAUAUUCAACAGGGUCACAAGAAAUGUGUCGAGAAGAAAAGACGCAACAUGACCAACACACAAGACGCAUGAGUUGAAAUGUCAAGAAUGUGCCAAGAAAUAUAUGAAGACAGAUUUUUCAAAGGCUUUGUGGACUGAUGAGAUCUUUUGAUGUACCAGAUGGAUUGGUCCGUGGUUGGAUCACUAACGGACACAGAGCUCCACUUAGCAAGGUGGAGGUGGAGUAUUGGUAUGGGCAGGUAUUAUUAAACAUGAGCUAGUUGGACCUUUUGGGGUUGAAAAUGGACUCAAAUCAACUCUCAGACCUACUGCCAGUUUUUAGAAGACACUUUCUUCAAGCAGUGGUAAAGAAAAAAGUCUGCAUCUUUCAAGAAGACUUUGAUUUUUAUGCAAGACAACGCUCACAUGCAUCAAAGUACUCCACUGCGUGGCUGGCCAGUAAAGGCCUUAAAGGUAAAAAACUAAUGACAUGGCCCCCUUCUUCACCUGACUUAAACCCUAUUGAGAACUUUUGGGCCCUUCUUAAGCAGGACAUUUACAGUGAAGAUAAACAGUACAGCUCUCUGAACAAUGUCUGGGAGGCUGUGGUUGCGGCUGCACAAAAUGUUUAUUCUGACCAGAUCAAGAAACUGACUGAAUCCGUCAAUGGAAGGCUUGUGAUUGUAAUUGAAAAGAAGGGUGGCUAUAUUGGUCACCUGGGUUUUUUACAUUUCAGAAAUGUUUAUUUGUAAAUUUUGAGUUUGUUUAUUAUUCUCACUUUAACAUUUGAAAAUAAACAAGUAAGAUGGGAAAAUCUUUAUUUUCAUGUAGUUGCAUAAUAAUUAUGCACACUAAUAGUUGCCUAAAUAACGGUGUACAUAUAUUCUCUUAAGAAAGCCAAAACUUCUCUUUUACUACUUAAAUGUUCAGGUUC